AUGAACGAAAAUGAGGAUGAAAUUUCGACAUUCUGUGAUUCGGCAGCCUCCUUGGUGGAAGGAUGUCGUUUACCAGUUCGUAUGCAGGGUGGCGAUGACUGGCCCCUCGCAGAAAUCAUAAGUAUCAAAGAAGUCCGAGGAGAAAGAGAAUAUUAUGUUCAUUACGUAGAUUUUAAUAAGCGUCUUGACGAGUGGGUUGGAGAAUCAUGGCUGGACACAAGAAAGGUGCAGUUCCCAAGACGAGAUGGGGCACCAACUGGAGGCACUACUACACCAAAGAAAACUCACAUUGGAUCUGGAGGUGGCGUCAUGCCUAAUUUUAUUAAUGAUAGUGUCUGCAGUGUUAGCGAAAAUCAGAAAUCCCUUAGCAAUACACCUAGAGAAAAUAAUGUGAAUGUGAAUCAUCAAACAACACCAAAAUUGCCUGAGAAAAUUAUUCAUAAUGCACUCAAUGGUUCCAUACAAAAAUCCAUCCCUGGUACCCCAGGUGAGCCUCGACAGUUAAUAUCUCGUCCAGCGAGUCCCACACUCGUCAACGACUCGUCCUCGCUUGUUAAUGGCGGAGCAGUUCUAGCCGCUGCACUACAGAAGAAAAUAAAUAGGAAAAGAAAAGCAAACUCUUUAGAGAAUAAUGAUUCGUCAACUCCUCAAACCGAAGCCCCGGAGUUGUUAGAUGGGGACGUAGCAAGCGGCACGGCCACGCCCACGGCCAGGCCGCGCACGUCCGGCAGUCUGGUGGCGCAUGGACACGAUGAUUUAGUUACCAGGAUGAAGAACAUCGAAAUGAUAGAACUAGGCCGACAUAGAAUACGCCCAUGGUAUUUUGCACCAUACCCACAGGAAAUGGUAACCUUACCGUGCAUAUAUAUUUGCGAGUUUUGCCUAAAAUACAGAAAAAGUAAAAAGUGUCUAGAAAGACAUUUGAUAAAAUGCAAACUCAAACAUCCUCCAGGCAACGAAAUAUAUAGAAAGGGAAGUAUAUCAUUCUUCGAAAUAGAUGGAAGGAAGAAUAAAUGUUAUGCUCAGAACUUGUGUCUGCUCGCCAAACUGUUUUUAGACCACAAGACUUUGUACUACGACACGGAUCCGUUUUUGUUUUAUGUUAUGACUGAAAUUGAUCAAAGAGGUUUUCACAUAGUGGGUUAUUUUUCAAAAGAAAAAGAAAGCACAGAAGACUACAAUGUAGCAUGUAUAUUGACUUUACCUCCAUACCAAAGAAAAGGAUAUGGAAAACUGCUUAUGGAAUUAAGUUAUGAAUUGUCGAAGUUUGAAGGAAAAACGGGCUCUCCGGAGAAGCCUUUAUCGGAUCUGGGCUUGCUUUCCUACCGAAGUUACUGGGCUCAAACUAUUCUAGAGAUACUCAUAAACAUCAAGCCCAUGGUCGAUAAUGAAAAACCUGUCAUCACUAUAAAUGAAAUAUGUGAAUUAACUAGCAUUAAAAAGGAGGAUGUUAUAAGUACACUGCAAAAUUUGAACCUCAUCAAUUAUUAUAAGGGACAGUAUAUAAUAUCUGUCAACCAGGAUACAAUUCAGCAACACGAAAAGGCAAUGAAUAAGAAACUAAUAAGAAUCGAUCCUAAAUGUCUACACUGGACGCCUAAGGACUGGUCAAAGCGCGCGAAAUGUGUU